AUGCCCCACGGCAUGGAUAACCUCCUCCACCACGAACCCGCAUCGUCACCCUCACCACCACCCCGACGCCCCUCCACGCACUCCCGAUAUCACCUACACGUUCGCCAACAGCCCAUCGCAGCCCGCGCCUGUGGCGCCGGCGACCGAGAUAGACGCCCCGUGGACCCACCGCCCAUAGUGCAAAUUCUCCUCACAGAUUUCGACGCGGAAUCCCAAGACGACCGGGAUAUCCUCGAAGACCCGCGGUUCACAGUAGGCUGUCUUCUCUUCCCAGUGUCAGAUUCAUCCCCGCACAUCCCAACGCCAGAGGACCUACCUCCCGAAGGAGAGGACGGCGUCGCCCGUGCAGACGAUACAUUCUCGACACCUCUGCUCUCGGGGAAGGCGUUCAUGUCGCCGUUCUUCGUGAACGCAGAUCCAGACCCCAACUCCGCGCCCACGCACCCUUCGUACGAGAAUGAGAAUCCUCCAUCUCCAGGCCUCCAGCCGAAUCUACGAAAUGCAUCGAAACUGCACCAGCCCGCGACAUUCUUUAUUUUUGCGGAUCUCUCCAUCAGGACCGCGGGGCUUUAUCGACUGCAGUUCCGGCUGAUGAAUUGGGGCUCCGUCGAAGAUACGGGGCAAUCCAUGCCGAUUCUGGCCGAGGCGUGGUCGGAUCCCUUUCGGGUUUAUCCCGCAAAAGAUUUUCCGGGGAUGAGAGAUUCAAGCAUUUUGGCGGAGGGGCUGAAGGAACUGGGAUUUGUGGAGCUGAAGACAAGGGGAAAGGGUAAGGGGAAAGGGAGGAAGAGGGAGUGA